AGUGAAUUCAAUACUGAAGAAUGAAAACGAAAUUGCUAUAUAAUGUAAUAAGAAAACUAAAGUAAUGUAAAGCAGUCAACAUUUGUUGUGUUUUCCACAUUUAAUUUAAAAUAAACUGCACUUCGAAGUCUGGCAACGCUGUAUGAUAAUUUGUGACGCUGUUUAAUCUAGACAAGCUUACCAGGCCAUUUCACACUUCACAGUUAAAUAUCACGGUGAUACCGCGUGUUCAACUCUUGUGAUUCAUGUAAACAAGAUCCAGAUUCCAGUAAAUAGAAGCUCAACUGGGAUAUUCCGUUAGUGUUUUGUUACCGUUGGAGACGCAUUUACGAGAAAAUAUUGUUUAUUAUUGUACACUGUGGUUAAUUAUACUAAGUAUGUUAAGUGAAGAUUGUAUUACGAAUUAUCAUAAGCGAGAAGACAAUAUGAAUAAACUUUGUCGCCAAGUUUCCAUAGAAUCCCCUGGCCCUAUAAUCAAAGAUUGCGUCUUCAGCUUCGAAGUUCCCGUGCCUGAUGUUCCUGCAGAUGGGGCUAGAAUCCGAGUUGUAUGCGCGGGUGCUUGCUACCGAAUGAGAAAUAGAUCUCCAUCUACAUCUAGUGUUUCAUCAAUUUCAAGUAUUCAAUCGACUGAAGAUUCAGGCUAUAGUCCAGCUCAUCAUGGUAUGAGAGAUGGUGCCCUAUUUCCUGGAUAUGAAGUAGCUGGAAUCAUUGAUGCAUUGGGAUCAAAUGUUUCAUCAGACGAGUUACAAAUUGGUACUCGUGUUGUGUUAUACCCUUAUGACGGUAUUCCACAUGGUUACGCCGAGUUUAUUGUGGUACCAGAUUUAUCGUAUUUAGUUAAAGUUCCAGAAACUUUAUCUAUGAGUGUAGCUGCUAUGUUACCUACUGGAGCAUUAUUGGCAAAAAACGCAGUUAUCACCGCUCAUCAACACGUGGAGGAACUACUGAAGGAUAGAGCUGUAGAUCACAUCGUAAGAAUCCUUAUUGUUGGUACUGGAGGACUUGCUUUAUGGGCUCUGAGAAUCGCCGAACAUCAUUUCAAGACCCCUGAACAUAAAAAUAGGGUGAAAAUCACAGUUGCGACUUUAAAAGAUGAAGGACUAAUGAUAGCGGCGGCAGAACUUAAAUGCGUGAACAUUGUUCAGUGGAAUGAAGACCUUUACGAAAAACAAUUAAUAGAAAGGACCAAAGAUGCAUGCAAUGGUUUAGUAGACAUAGUUAUUGAUUUCGGAACUACCUCUAGAUCAUUACACAGAUCUCUACAAUGCCUUAAUAAAGGAGGUGUCGUUUUAGUCAGUGAAGAGGUUGCUGAACGACUUUUACCAAAAUUCUCACGAUUAAUUCAGGAAAGAAACCAAAAAAUAGAGGCCGUGGCUCCAGGUUCUAUAGAACAGCUGCAACAAUUAGUACAGUAUGUUUCACAGGGUGACAUUAAACCGCCCCCUUUCACUGAGUUUUCAGCGGAUGAGGCAUCAACAGUGGUACAAAAAUUAUGUCAAUCCGAAAUACCCGGACGCGCCAUUUUGCGUUUUUACGAUAUUCAGUAGAGUGGAGUUGAGAAUUUAAUUAGGGACUUGUUUAAAUUUUUAGUUUUUCUCAUGAAGCAAAUAUUAUGUUGUCUGAAUAAAUAACCGCAAACUUGCUACUACUCUAGUUAUAUUUUGGUAUAUUUAACCAAUAUACGGUAUGGAUGCACUAAAAAUAUUGUAACAAAAAAGUAUAAGGAAAUUGUGGGUGAGACAGUAUAAACUAUACAGAAAUGAAUAAAUAGACCCAGAUCUACAUUGAAAGAAGAAUUUAUUUAUGUGUUUAAGAAAAUAAGAGUAUAUAAAUAAGAAUAAGAGAAAAAAAGAGUUAUUAAAUCACGUCUGCUAUCCCUCCUAACACAUAUAUCGUGGAUAGAAAUAAUCAUCAAAAGAUAAAAAACUACUGAGCUGGAACAAAAAAAACAGAAUUAAAACUAAUUUCACUUUAAAAAUUGCAUCUUAAAUUGCUUGUAUUUCUGGAGUGCUGUUUGAACACACUAACGAUACCUUGGUUUUGUUUGCUUUUGAAUGAGACAUAACUACAAAGGGGAAUAUUUCUCCAAGUGCUUUCCUAGUAAUCUCGGAAAAUAAGGAAAGAGAACUGGCGAGGUUCAAAGACCAGACCUUUCUUGAUGUGUAUUCUUCAAACUAUUAUUAAACAAUACUGCAGCUUAGCGAUAAGUGAUGCCUCAUCCAUGAGCUCCUUUCCCAAAUUUAUUCUGAGAAAAAUAAUGGUAAAGUUGCAACGGGCACAACAAACACCUGCUUUUCGGUACAGAACAAUAUUACAUCCUGAUUUCUACCAUGUGUUGCAAAAUAAUGAUAAUUUUACAAGUAACAGUCGACAAAUCAUUUUCGUCAACGUUGUAUAUAAAGUCAGAAUCAAAUUUAUAAGUGUUCAAAACCUGUUCUAUUGUAUUAAAAUAUUUUUAAUUUGAACCCGGUUGAUAGCAGAAACUCUAGCAGCGAGCUUGAUUCUGGCGUUCGUAAACUAUCAUACCUAAAAAUCGACUCUUACUUAUUUUUAUAGUGCCUUACAUUUUUGGCCCCAGUUCGAAGGUGUCCCCCUGAAUGUCCAGUUAAUUUUGGCUGCUUGGUUUUUAUUGCCAUUAGCCUUCCCAUAUCAAAGUUAAUUAUAAAAUUACUUUUGGAUGAGACAUCAUAGUAGGUUAUCCCAACCGAAUUAGCAAUAUGCUAUCUUAGCAACAUGUACGAGGAUAAAAAAUUUUAGCCUACUAUAGAACCAAACAAAAUUUCAAUGUCAAAAUAUUUUAUUACUCAACAUAUUCUCCUCUUAAUUGGGUACAUUUAUUACAGCGAACCUGCAACGUCUCUAGACCUUUCAAAAAAAUGUUUCUUCUUGCUCUGCAAACCAGACCUCCACAGCUUUUAUUACCUCCUCGUUGGAAGAAAAUUUACGAUCUUUUAAACUUUUUUUCAGUUGAGGAAAGAGAUGAUAGUCGGACGGACAAAGUCUGGUGAAUAAGGGGAUGCUUUGUCAUAUCAUGAACUGCAUCGAUAUUUUCGGGAACUGACAAAGAAAAAUUCUUCCCGAUCGGUCAUCAUCUUCAAUAGAAAAUUUAUCUCUUUUGAAGCUAGCAGUCCAAUUUUUCACUGUCGCAUUUGAAGGACAUUGCUCACCAAGGGUAUUAAGCAUAUCUUCGCAAAUCUGUUUACCUUUUAAAUGCAGGUACUUGAUGAUGGCUCGAUACUCCAAUUUUCCGAUUUUCACAAUUUCGGUGGACAUUUUUUUUCUUAUUUAUUGCGUAACUCUGGUUUACUUUUUUGACGUCAAACUUUACACUGACAUUUCUAAUAAGUUAUUGUUCGUUGCUAUGGUAACACAAUAUUUUGUUUAUGCAUGGAACGUGUCUAGGCCAACUAGAUAUCAAUACAUCCUCGUAAUGAGAAGUCAUUUUGAUAGCUGAUGGCUUAUAAGUAACUAACCCUAUUUUGCUCUUAAAUAAAUUUUGGGGCAAAAAUAUUUUGGCUGCACAAAAAUCUUUGUCUCUUACUACAAAACAACCUCGAUUUACGUAGCAGACACAGUUACAAAGGUUUUUCCAGUCAAAUAAGUACUACAAGUAGAUCAACCUGUUACUAUACCAUCAAUUUGAAGUUUUUUAUUUUAUUAACCAAUAAUGACACUAAAAAACUAAAAGAAUUUUUAUUCAAAUAAAACUAGAUAAAGUGUUUAUAUUUUCUUGUAAUACUGAUAGUAAUUUAUUUUGAAAUCUAUUUUUUAUUUUUUUAUGAAAUGGUUUUGCGACCAAAUAAAUUUUAUAAUUAAUAUUAUAAAAUAUAUCAAGUUUAGUUCUUUUUAUUGAUUCACAAGCUUAUGUAAUUGUAGAUGUGGGAAUUUUUUGUUAAUUAAAAGUUAAAAAAUGUGAAUAAUUUUAAAUCAGAUUCUUCCUACAUCUACAAUUUUUGCCAUACAUGUUUAUUUGAAUGUAUGAGAGGCCUCUGUAAAAUAAGCUACUCCAUAUAUGUAAAGAUGUGAUAAGUUUAUAUUUUCUAUUAUUAGCCUUUUAAAUUUGUAUUUAAGCACGGUAUUAUUAUUUGACUUUUUAUUUGUAAAUAUAAUAACAAACUAUUCAAUAGAUCAUUUAUAAAUGUUAA